AUGCAAGGACUCCACGUAAACCCAGCAGUUGAAAGAGUUACACUAGCGGUAGGACUCGCAGAUCGCCAUCCCAAUAAACCGCUCCCCGUAAUCCUUGGGAUUUUCCCAAAUAUGCACUGGCCUGCCAGCUCAUGGCUGUUACCGGGCCGCUGGCCACGCAGCAAAAAUUUCAGCCAAGCAAAAUCGAAAUCCUUCCACCAAUCGACCGCCGACGAUAGUAUUGAGGAGCACCUCCCCUCCACCAUCGUACCUGCACUCAACGCGCAGUCCCCCGCAAGACUACAGUCCGCCGUCGGGGGAAUCUCGGCCUCGAGGUCCAGGGGGCAGCAUCAUCUCCAACGAUGUCGACUGGCUUUUGAUCCUUUUUUCAAACAAUCACCAACACUCGUCUCCAUGGACCCCUGUCAUUCCAAAGGAACUUGGUAA